AAUCAGAAAUGUAAACACAAGGAUGACACUUGAUGAUCAAUCUUUCUUUAGCAAGUGUGUUUUACGACUUGCAAGGACCCUUGCUAAGAUCAAUCCAACGCCAUAUGAUAAGGUAGAAAAAUUACUGGCAUUAUGCCCUGGAGAGAGUCAUGGUGGGGUGUAUCGAGUAGAUCAGAGGGGGCAAGAUGCAGUGGUUGCCCUGGGUGUCUACUUUCUGGAGUCUGGUUUACAACACCAGUCAUCCAUACUCCAGUAUUUCCUCCGUCUUCUCCGUGCACUUCCCAAGGCAGUUUGGCUGGAUGAGAAGAAGUUAAAUCCAAGUGACCGUAUCCCCGUUGCUGAACGUUUCAGCUUCUUGCUGACAACACUGUUAAGUGAUGUUGCCACUCAGAGUGAAGAAGCCCGGGAAGAAAUUAUCAAUACCCAAGUUGAAGUUUUAUCCACAUUAACAAAUGCAAUCACACGAGCAGUGCGAGAUGAACAGCUGCGUUCAAUUAACGGCAAAAGGUCAUCAAUUCACUUUAUCCCACCUGAGCUGGCUGUUGCCAUAUGCCGUGGAACAGUACCGGUCUUGCUGGGUCUUGCAAGAGCGCUUGGACGUUCUACCUCUGGGGAUCCCCUUUUCUUGCGCAUUUUUCCCCCAGCCAUCAUUCCUGCACCAGUGAUUUCAGAAGCUCCCCAAAUGUCAAAGAAGAAGAGCUUCAGCACCUUCAGACCAAUAAUACCCAGGUCUCUAUCUGCUACUCUGCCUUCCAACUUAGAUGUCGUUUCUCUUGUAAGUGUGGACAGUGACAGGGACAUUGGGUUAAGAAUACCCACUGGAGGCCCAAACAAACGGCCAUCUCUACAGUCUCAACAGUCAGUGCCAUACGAUCCAAAAGUUUACUUUUUCCAGAAGUACGGAUCAAGUUUUGGAGCAAAUUUACCACAGGUUGCAGAAUAUGAUCAUACUUUGGUGUUUCCAGUGCAACAUUUACAGACUGUACUCUCCAAUGCCAAGAAAUUGUUGGCAAAAGAAGUGUUGUCAUCAUUAGAUGAAGUGUCUAGGGAAGUCUUUGCAUCAGGUCAGAUGAAGCUAUUUCCCUACCGCACUUUCAGGGAGACCUUGAACCUUGUGAUGGUUACACUUCUUCGGGAAUUAUUAGCCUACCAGAAAGAUCUUCCUGUACCCUUUACAAGAGAUGUACAAGAUUUUGUGAAAAGUUUAUAUCUAUCUGGCCAGACAGAGUUGAUGACUCAGCAACAUGAAGCUGGGGAGAAGGAUGAUCCAAACAAUAAGAUUCAGGCUGUAAAUACAUUUAGGGUGAAUGUUCAAGCUAAUGCAGCUUGUGUUGACCUCCUUGUAUGGGCUAUUGCAGAUGAGUCAGAAUCAGAACAGUCUUCGGGGCUUUCAUUUCUUCUGUCCAUUUUCACUGACCAUCUGCUUACAGAAGAUGUUGAUGAUGCUGAGAGUUUAUGUAACCGCUUGACUGAAAAACUGAAUUUACCCCAUGGACAUCGUUUAGUCUUAGCCCAUAUGCCACUUCUCCUUGUGUGUUUGGAGGGUUUGGGGAAACUUGCUAAGAAGUUUCCUAACAUUGCUGGGACAAGCAUCACCUAUCUGCAAGAUUUUCUUGUCAGUCCAUCUCCUAUACUUUUAAAACUCCAUCGCCAACAGUCUGAUUUCCUUACUCCUCAUCAAGGCAAUUUAACUGUGAAAGUUACCGGAGAAGGUGGAAGUCGACCACCAUCCUCAACAGCAUCAGCAUUUGAGCGACUGAGGGAUGCUGCCAUAGAGAACUUAUGUGUAGCGUUGAAAGCUGGAUUAACAGUAGAACCAAACACUGUUAUGGCAUUCAUUUCUUCCAUAUCAGGGCGAGAGAAGGCUGGACAUGAUCGACUUCCCGAAAGUGACAAUGUGGUGAUCUCGCACACUGUUGUUGUUGCUUUGGGUCAUGUGGCUGUUGCCUUGAAAGACUCACCCAAGACUACCGAGACGAUCCUCCAUCAGUGUCUCUUGCAGCGUUUUUGUCGGCCGCCGUCUAACCUUGAUACACUUAUUGUUGAUCAGCUUGGUUGCAUGCUCCUAGCAAAGAAUGAUGCUAAAGUUUAUGAUGAAAUCAUGGAACAGUUCAGUAAGAUCAUCAUUGAGGCAAGCAGUGGAACAUAUGGCAUUGGUGUUGCACAAGAUCACCGAAUGAAGCAGUACAGGCAUGUAGCAACAGCUGUUCACAAUGCAUUAGCAAACAUUGCAGCCAAUAUUCAGGGAGAAGCAGAAAUGGACAAGCUACUUAUGAGAUUACUGGAGCUGUUCGUGAAACUUGGACUAGCUGCUAAAGAAAACUCUGAAAAAAAUCCUGCAGUUUUGAAGGCAUCAAGCAGUGCAGGCAACCUUGGUGUCCUCAUCCCAGUGAUUGCUGUGCUCGUUCGACGUCUGCCUCCUAUCAAGGAUCCCAAGCCACGGCUUUUGAAGCUGUUCCGUGACUUUUGGCUCUUCUGCAUAGUAAUGGGUUUCACUCAACAAGAAUCAGGUUUGUGGCCACCAGAGUGGUAUGCAGCUGUUUGUGACAUAGCAGUUGCAUCUCCACUGUUGCUUUCACGUACUCAAAACCGCUCAGAAAUGAAAGAACUCCGGUACACCUAUGCAGUGCGAGAUGAUUCAGUGUCUGUUGGAGAACUUUCAGAAUUGAGGCAGCAAAUUCUUAGCCUACUAGAACACCCAGCAGAUGUAACCCCAAUUGUAAAUAAGCUAUCUUUUGCUCAGUGCAUCUAUGUUCUGUCAGUGUACCGUGCAGAAGCCCUGAGGGUGAAAAGUUCUCCAGAAGCAUAUUUCAACCCUAUGUUUGAAUAUCUCUUAGACCCUGCCAUUCAGAAUGAUAAAUAUGAAAUGUGGACUUGUAUAAAUAGAGUUAGUGAGAAGGUGUUCAGCAUAUUCUUGGAGCGAGUAAGCCACCAGCCACGUGAUGAACGGCUUGUAAAACUACUUGUUCUUCAUGCUCAGUUCCUGUUAACUCAUUUCAACCAUACUCAGGUCAAGAUCAGACGAGUAGCAGAUAAGUUGCUCUCCAAACUUGUCGACAGGUUCCCAUUACUACUAUGGAAUGGAAAUGUGUUAAGGACAAUUUUGGACAUUCUUCAAGUUCUUGGUUACUCACUCCAGUUAGAUCCAAAUGAUGCUAAUCCAACAAUUCCUAUUCCAAAUACUCCAUUCUCCAUUACACUUAUGGAUACUCUUGAUGCCAGAGAGCAUACUGUCAGUGAUUUUGCUGCACGUUGCCAAGGAAUUCUUCAGGAAGCUAUGAAAUGGGCACCUGAAGCAACGCGGUCUCAUCUCCAGAACUAUCAGACCCAUCUUGAUCAAACUAACCUCUCAUCCCAUUCAGGUCUUGCCCUUGCAACAGAAUCUGUCAUGCAGUACGCUGGCCUUAGCACCUCUCACGGGUCAUUGAACUCCUCCAUGGACAAGCGUCACAAAGCCGUGAGUGACCGAACGUCAUCUUUUAUGAAAUCUUUAAGUUUACGAACUCAUUACCAAGGCGAAAUUACUGGUCUUUUACUUAUGGUUACGGACGAAUCUCAGCGUGAUAGAUUAGUGCAAAAACUCAUGGCUGACAUUAAGAAAGCUUGUGAGAAAAGCAGAGAAGUUGACUUCCGUCAAGGGCUGUGGAGAGCCACUGGGCUUUUGAUUGCCACUGAAGGUAUUCACCGAGGAUUGCUUAGAUGUGUUUGUGCGUCUUGCCUGGAUUUGUUUACUGAAGAUUCUGUGGAGAAUAGCGUGGCCUGCUGGCAGUGGAUUCUGUCGGCCCGUCAUGACCUAACAUUGCCCUUUAUGCAGGAGAUGAUAACAUCAUGGCAGGAAAGUGUUGAUCGAAGACUUGGGCUUUUCUCAAGACAAAAGGAGGAGGUGAAUCCUUUGGCAGCAUAUGAAGGGUGUAAUUUAGAGCCUCAAGUUCCUCAAGUUGGGCCCCAUGAUAUAUGGAUAAAGUUCAUAAGUGAACGCAUAGAGAUAGCCAAAUACGACAGUGAUGCUCAGGUUGCCAUGUUUGCCUGCAUGUUCCACCGCACUCUCCACAUGACCGUUGGUAACGCCGACUCCAAAAUAAAUCGACAUGUAGGAGCCAUUGGUACUCGUUUCCGUCUGCUUUCGUGUGCCCUUACGCUUAUUCAGGGUGAUGCUAUUCCCAAGUCUUUAAGUAAAAAUGUGCUUCGAGAAAGAAUCUACUGUGCGUGCCUUGAUUAUUUUUGUGCUCCCAAGGGCUGUCCAACACAGAGGCCAGCACACUUGCAGGAGGAUAUCAAUGCUCUGUUGCAUUUUUGGAAUGCAUUACAUGCUGAUAAGAAAUACCUCAAAACAAGUGUAAUUGGAGAUUUCACUUCUUACCAGUACAGUGGAGGAACAUCUCUCUCCCCAUCAAUGGCAUCUGAUUUGCGUUCCACUUCAGGUGAAUUUGUGAUGAACAAUACAGGUUGGAUUAACACAGUGCCACUUUCAUCCAACACUUCUACACUUUCCAAAAGGUCUACAAGGAGCAAGAGAAUGAUUAAUCCUGACAUUUAUGUCAAAGAUUAUUUGAAGAAAAGAGCAUUGAUAUUGUCUCUCUUGGCUGUUGAAAUUCAGACAUUAAAGGUAUGGCUGCAACCUCCAAGACCAACAGGCCAAGGAGGUGAAGUAACCACACCUCAAGAGGAAGCUCUUGUUAAGUGGUUGUCUGGUGUCUCAAGUAGUCCAAAAUCUUGGAGUGGCAAUACAAGUUUAGCCUGGAGUAUCUCACCAGCACUAGCAGUGUAUCUUCCGACAAGAAUUCACAAUGUUUCUGGACUAACAAACGAAAUCAGUCAAUUGGUGAAGGACAACCCUCUCACUGUCACUCACUUACCAGAGGCAUUACAGUACCUUGCAACUUCAGAAAACAUUCUGGCUGACAUACCAGAGUUGAGCUAUAUGUUAACCUGGGCUCCAGUACCACCAGUCAAAGCAUUGGCUUAUUUCUCAAGACAGUUCCCACCCCAUCCACUGACUGCCCAAUAUGCAGUGAGAGUCCUCUCAAGUUAUCCUCCGGAUACAUUAUUGUUUUACAUUCCACAGAUAACUCAGGCUCUCAGAUAUGACACAAUGGGAUAUGUUAAUGAAGUGAUCAAAGUAGCAGGCAAGAAAUCUCAACUGCUCUGUCAUCAGUUGAUUUGGAAUAUGCAAACCAACAAGUUCAGAGAUGAAGAAGGGCAUGAGAAGGAUGCUGAUUUGUAUGAAGUUUUUGAAAAUCUGGAGAAGUCCCUUCUGUCAUCUUUAUCUGGGCAUGCCAAACAAUUUUAUGAGAGGGAGUUUGACUUCUUUGGCAAAGUCACUAAUAUAUCAGCCAUCAUCAAGCCAUAUCCAAAAGGUCCAGAGAGGAAGAAAGCUUGCCUUGAUGCCCUAAGAGAUAUAGAAGUGCAACCUGGUUGUUAUUUACCUUCAAACCCAGAGGCUGUCAUCGUUGAUAUUGAUCGUAAGAGUGGCACACCUAUGCAAAGCGCUGCCAAAGCCCCAUAUCUAGCAAGAUUCCAGGUCCGUCGCUGUGGAAUUAAAGAGUUAGAGAAGCAAGGAAUGGUUGUAAGUUUAGGUCAAGAAAUUAGUGCAAGCAUUGGUCCUCUAGUUUGGCAAGCGGCUAUUUUCAAGGUGGGCGAUGAUGUGCGACAGGAUAUGUUAGCUCUACAGGUGAUCACAAUCUUCAAGAACAUUUUCCAAACUGUUGGACUAGACCUGUUCCUCUUCCCCUACCGUGUUGUUGCUACAUCACCAGGGUGUGGUGUGAUCGAAUGUGUUCCAAAUGCCAAGUCACGUGAUCAGCUUGGAAGAAGCACAGAUACUGGAAUGUACGAAUACUUUCUCAGUCUUUAUGGGGAUGAAAAUUCUCAUAAGUUCCAGCAAGCCAGAACAAAUUUUGUGAAGUCAAUGGCUGCAUACUCAUUAGUUGGGUUCUUACUUCAGAUUAAGGAUCGACACAAUGGCAACAUUAUGUUGGACACGGAUGGGCACAUUAUCCACAUAGACUUUGGAUUCAUGUUUGAGAGUUCACCUGGUGGGAAUCUUGGCUUUGAACCUGAUAUCAAGCUGACUCAGGAGAUGGUCAUGAUUAUGGGCGGAAAGGUUGAAGCAGCCCCAUUCAGGUGGUUUGUUGAACUCUGCAUCAAGGGAUAUUUGGCUGUAAGACCUUAUCAAGAGGCAAUUAUAUCUCUAGUGUCACUGAUGCUGGACACUGGGCUGCCCUGCUUCCGAGGUCAGACUAUCCGCCAGCUGCGGUCUCGUUUUCAGGCAGAUUCUACAGAGAAGGAGGCAGCUGAUUACAUGUUUAAUGUUAUCCAGCAUUCUUGCUUUAACUGGAGAACCAAAUUUUAUGAUGUCUUGCAGAACAAACAAAACCAAAUUAUGUACUAAAUUGAAUAGGUCUCCAGGCUUCAAUAUCUUAGCAUUUCAUAAGUACCUUCACUUCUGCUCUGCUUUUUAAAUGGGGCGAAGUUUAUCUGUAGUGAUUGUAAAAUUUAUGUAACAUAAAUAUUAUACACCUAUAUUCAACUGUGCUGUAUCUUCCAUCUUACGAAGGCUGUUAGAAAUGAGUGAUUUAUGAUGUGAUCAUGUAUGACAUUGGAUUACCAUAUGUCAUGUUGCUUUAAUUUAAUAUUAGGGAUGUUACUGAAUUACAAGAGGUAAUCACAAGUGUGCUAUUGAAUGCUGGAAAGUGUGAUGUAAGUACUCUUAAUCUUUUUGUUUGUAUUUUGUAUCAGUCCUGACUACAGUCAUUUUAAUUGCAGCUUGUAGACCUCACCUCAGGUUAGUUCUAUAAUACUGUAUAGUAUCAUGCUGAAAGGGAGAUGCUGUAUGUACAUUUUGACUGCAACCCAAUUAUCUGUAAAUACGAUUAUGAUUCAGAUGUAUUUAGUUAUUAGAUCCGUAUUUGUAGCUAAUAACAGGGGUAUUAUGGGAAACUUGUGGCCUCUGCAGGUAGAUACCAGUCGCAUGUUUAUAUCUUAUGUUACUGUGAGAUGACAUUAAAACAGUCUUAUCUCAUUUCUUCCAGAUUUUUUUUCUAUUUAGGUAAGUACCCUUCUUUACUUCUUUUGGAAACUUUUGUCACUUGGAUGCCAACUAUAUUGUUUUCUGCCAUCUAUAUUUCAUGCAUUUCCAUGGGCCUUUUCCCACUUAGCUGUCCAACUUCUUUAAGUCGUGUAAGUUAGACCAGUUUUCACCUUUCUUUAACCCUUAAUGGAUGGAUAGCUUCUCAGGAGUAGUAAAAACAGGUUUGGGGUGGUGAACAGAUUGAUCCUGUAGAGAAGCAAUAUUGAACACCAUUGAUUUGGAAAGAAUUGGCCAUGAAAGAGGUGCCAAUAUAGCCCAUAAAUUCACUAAUGACAACUUUUGCACUGGCUAAAAUCACGAAUCUGGCAUCCCAGGACUUCAGUUCUGCUUCUGGUUUCAAAGGAGAAUGUACUGUGUGUCUGUCUCACAUGAUGUUUUUUGGGAAAUUUGUUCAUAAAUAUACCUAGGGGUUGCUUUUGGUUUUUGUUCUUGUCUUUUACGAUAAUAUGUCGGUUGUAAAUGUAAUUUUGCAAAGAAAAGUGCAAAGAAAUAUUACAAAAAACAUGUACAAAUAAAAAAGAAGUUACUGAAUAUUUGUUCUCUGGAAAUUAACAUAAAUAUUUUUCAACAAAUAUGCUAAGAAUUUGUUAUUGAUUAUAUUUCUUAUCUGUUUUGAUAUUGUUUGAGCUGUAAUUAUGAUUUUACAAAAUAUGAUAAAAUUAUUUAUUAGAAAAAACAUAUAUAAGUUGGUAAAAUUUAUGAUUGUCUUGUAAAAGAGGCCCCACAAGGGGAUGUAAAUAGUCAUUUUCAGCUUCUCGUGGAAGAUAGGGAAAAUUUUUUAGAAGUUUUUUCUUUCACCAUGUGCAUUUGCAUAUCUUCCUCUUUCCAUUGAUGUGUUUUUUUCAUAAAUUGGCCGAACUCAAAGUUUACCCUGGCCUGAGGAGCUGCAUAUUGAUUUUUUCCCGUCCACUAAGGGUUAAAAAAAAUUUUCAGGUACGCCUAUGAUAGUCUAGAGGCGUACUUGAUGAUAUUGUUGAAAUAACAUAUAAUACAAUUGCAUAAAUAAAAGGAAGGAAUACUUUUCACUGAGCAUAGUUUAGUACUUGAUGUCUGUGUUGGUAGUAAAUUUUUUAUUUAUUCUAAUUUGUUUUGAACUCCUAGUUGGAUAUUUCAGUCACUAUGCAAAUUUUUAUGUAUAAUAAAAUAAAAAGUCAGAUGUAAAAAAAAAAUUAUUCAACACUUGUUUCAAGUGCAUAUGUUAUCAUAUUCAUUGUACAUUAGUAGCAUAAUCUGUGAAGCAUUAUAAGCUGGCACAGAUACUUCAAAAAGUUGGUAUACAUAUCAUUGUUGGUUGCUUUUUUCAUCGGUAGUAAACUGAAUACAAAUAUAUUAAGCUGAAAUGUGAAGAAAAAGGCAUCAUUUUAACAGUUCAAAGUAAAAAUAUAGUAGAAUGAAUUAAUCAGAGGUAGGUGAACAUUCUCAAGGACAUGAAGUGUUUGUAUUAUUAUUUUUAUUCUUUGUUGUGCCAAUGUUUUACAUAUUAAAAAUUUAUCCUUUGAUUAAUUCUUCAAUAGAUGUAUGAUUUCUAUAAAGCUCCUAUAUAAGUCAGGCCUACUAUGUGCUUAUAUGUUUAACACACCAGAAUAUUAUGUACAUAAUGUCAGAAAUGCAGGUGAUUUAUGUAAUAUUGAUUAAAUAUUUAUUUGUAAAGUAUAGUUAUUAUAUAGUAGUUACAGUAUUAAUGAAAAACAAAAAUUGCACUCAUGAUUUUUUCCAUUGUAGUUAAAAAGCCUCACUGGGCCACAAAGUUCUACAUUCAGUCAGUACAAGAGGCCAGUAUUCUUCUCAGUUAAGAAGAAAGUCACACUAAUCUAGAAAUAACUGAUUUCAUUCCACACCAGAAGUACAUUUAUGUUUAUACCAUAAAAUUCACGCUAAUGUGUUUUGCAACACUCCUUCAGUCACACUUGUAAAGCUCUUUGCCCAGUCUAUUUUUUAACAUCUUUACAUACGCUUAUUUGAACCAUUUUCAAUUCUUGUUCAAGGAAAAAUCUUUCUUGUAAACCCUACAAACAUCUACCUAUGCAAAUUUGUAGAUUUCUUUAUGUUAAUGUUAAUUGAUUUGGAAAAUAGGUAGAGUAAAAGCAUAUAUUUUCAUUGUUUAUAGGUUUUCUAUGAAAGUGCUUAUGGUUUUGUAAAAAGAAAAGAUUUGUUUACAAUAAAUGAACUGAAUUGUAUCGUAUGUACAUAAUGCAUUUACUUAAAUAUUUUGAGUAAUAAGACUUUGGUAUGUAGGGUGUCCUUUAAUCAGUCACUGGAUGAUGAAUGCAGAUAAAAAGUAUGCUUGCAUUUUGGAGUAGUUUCAUAUUUCAGUGGGUGUCAUGUUUAGGUUUUUGUAAGUACUUGCCCUUGUUUAGUGUCUUCUCAUUGUGUAAGUGCCAAGCAAAUUUUACUUGAUUUUUCUGUUUGUUUAGAAUUACGUGUUAUUUUAUUUCUGUACCCAGUUUAAGGUCGUCAAGUUUUCAUAAAUUCUUGAUAUUGAAGGUUUUUAUUUAGUCAUAUUUGCAUUACUUUUUAAUUUAGCUUUCUGCUUUUCAAAGAUAUAAUGAAAAGUCUCUCACCAAGAACAGAAAUGUGAGGCUCCUUUUCUUGAGGUUAAUACUGUGACUCAUUUUGAAGCAUAGAUUUUAAUGUAUUGUAGUAAGAAAUAUGUCUAAGUACAGUAUCUUUGCAUUUUCAUGAAAUGUGUGCUAGAAACGUAAUGAAGAAUUAAAGAGAAUUUAAUUUUUCUUCAAGUUCUGAAGAGACAAAAACCUGCAAAUAUAAUUUUUUAAGAGGAUAUGUUUUGGUUUUUUAAGAGUGGUCAGUAUUAUUGGUUGCAGUGGGUGUACGUAAUGUCUUUGUCAUGAAGUGCAUAAUUAACAACAAAUAACGAUGUAGACAAAAUGUUGCAGGCCAGAAAAAGAAAUUAUAAAGAAAAUGAGAUAAUGUACUCAAGUUUUACAUUUUUGUAUAAUGAUACAAAACAAGGAAAAUUUUGUUUUAUAGUUCUGUUUAAAGUAUGUAUUACUGGAUGUGAUUAACAGUAUUACUUGAAAGUUUACAAUAUACAGUUGCACCAGUCAGUUACAUUACAAAGGAUAGGUAAUUACUGAGGGUGCACCAGGGAAUAUGUUGUCUUUCUUUUUGAGGUCUACAGUAGCUAAGUAACAAUAGUACAUACUUCAGUUUUCUGUUUAGUGUGAAGUUAGGUCACAUGCUGUUGCCAAGUCACUCUGCAGGCCAUGACUCUAUAAUUGGAAUGUUCAAUGAGAGAAUGAUUUCCAAGUUUCUGUCGCAAUUGAGUAAAAAUCUCUCUGUAUCAUGCCUAUUUAUUCUGCAGGGUAAACUUUAUAUUUUAUAAGAAAUAUGGGUUUGCCGAUAAUUUCUUGGUGUAUAUCUGCUUUAGGUGCUAUUACAAAAUCAAGUGAGUAAAAAACUGUGGCUUCACAAUCUCUGGAGAAUUUUAUUUAAAACAAUGCUUUUUUUCCUCUUGUCUCAGCUAUUUUUAUGUUUAUAGCUUUGCAACUUCUUACAUUGGUUUGGUUUUUCCAUCCUUCUGCAUUGUUCAUUCUUCUGAAUGCUAAUGACAGAUAGUAUUUCAUAUCGCAUUUCAUGAUGGUUUGAGUUCUAGGAUGUAUGUAAAAUAUUAAACCAGAAAUUGUAAGUUUUACUUGUGUUUAGACCUUGCAGGUACAAGGAUAGUAACUAGAGGAAGUAAAUAGAAGUGUGUUGGUGUAAUUAAAAAAAGUGUGCAAAUAAGAUUUAGGAUAAAAUGCCUCUCUUGUUUUACAACCAGUUUCUUGUCUCCAUCUUCAAUAUGCUUCCCAGACAAUUGUAAAACUACUGUAAUAGGUAUUUACUUAAGAAAUUUCAUAUGCAAUUGUAUAGUGCAGAGCUUAACAUCAAGGAUUGAAAAUGUUUAAGAUAUUUAAGAGGAACUGUAAUCGAAUGGUCACCCAUUUAGCUAUACUAACUACCAAUAUAGAAAUGAAUGGUACCUGUGGUCUGUUAGAGGCUCAUGUUAAACUUCUGUUGUCUACUUCAACAAUGACAUUUUCUAAGGCUAAAUUGCUGUUUAGAAUGUAAACAUGGUCUUUUUUGCUGAGGAAGUUUUAUUUUGUAUUUUUCAUGCAAAUCCAUCACUCAUAUGAAGACAGCAAAUGCAGGCUGUGUAAUAGUGAUGAGUUUGUGAUGAAGCGAUUGCAAUUCAGUGGUGUUAUAAUUUUUUUCCUACACUUUUUAGCCAUUACAGUUUGAUAUUUUCCUUAUUCUUAAUUUAUCACUGUAAGCUUAGAAAUGUAAAUUAUUUGAUACUGAUACAAACUAUUCCAAAUACUCAGAAGACUAAAUUUCAGAGAUGUUGAAUAUAACAUAUGAAAUUGUAAAUAUUUCUUUGUUAAGAAGGUGGCUCUCUCUCUCUCUCUCUCUCUCUCUCUCUCUCUCUCUCUCUCUCUCUCUCUCUCUCUCUCUCUCUCUCUCUC